CGUGUUUGUGGGGAAUUUAUGUGUCAUCAAUGGAAUAGGAAAAAUGACAGUUACACAUUAUUACGUACGGAAAUCAGGAAGUCAACAUGAUUUCGUUGGCAGAUAGCAAACGCGUAGUACAAUGUGUGUCUCUCAAUGAUUGUUUGAUAGAGUCAAGUAGGCCAGUAAAAUUGAUACAAUUUUCAUGAAUUCGAUUGUGAUUUGUACGUUGCGCAUUGAUCUAUAGAAAAACGUGAUAAAUAAUAAAAAGGUUAGAAGACAAAAAACAGAUCUAUGGCAGAAAGUAAUGAAAUUGCAGUGCUGCAAACAAGCAGAGCAUGUAUUUUCAAGAUUGGCAUUUCAAGUGUGAAAAAAUGUGAAACGAGAGACGCGUUAUUGAUUGCACGAUUUUAAUUCUUAACAUUCGUGAAGUACAAGCUCUAAAUAAUUAACGAACGGUCAAAGGAUGUAUGGGAUUCCGAUUGAUUUUCUUCCGAAAAAAGUUUGCACAACGUUUUUCGAAUUUUUCAGCUGGUUUGGAGGAUGGUUUAAUUGGUCCCGAUCAUCGGCCACAAUGUUGAGAACCGUCGAAAGAAAAAUUUUGUCAUAUUUGAAAACAUCAUAUAGAGGUUCUUACAUCGACAUCGGAUCCGUCGUGGGAAGCUCCGACAAAAUUUGGACGCUGUCGUUGAAUCAACAAUCCACGGAAACUCCGAUUGUGCUACUCCACGGCCUCGGAGCUGGCGUCGCACUUUGGGUCUUCAAUCUCGACUCUCUAGCAAAACAUCGGCCGGUUUAUGCCAUCGAUUUACUGGGCUUUGGAAGAAGCAGCCGACCGAAUUUCAGCAGCGACGCCAAAGAAGCCGAGGAUCAACUGGUUCGAUCGGUCGAGUCAUGGAGGCGAGAAACCCAAUUGGACAAAUUCGUAUUGCUGGGCCACUCGAUGGGUGGCUUUUUGGCGGCCUCCUACGCCAUCAAACAUCCCGAGCACGUAAAACACCUGAUACUCGCCGAUCCUUGGGGCUUUCCCGAGAAGCCAAGCGAAGUCGUACAAAAGCGCAACAUACCCCUGUGGGUCAAAGCCAUUGCCUACGUAGUGCAACCGCUGAAUCCUCUCUGGGCCGUGAGAUUCGCCGGACCGUUCGGCCAGUGGCUGAUCGAGACUACGAGGCCAGAUAUUAUAAGAAAAUUUUCUCCCAUUCUCAAGGAGGAGCCUAGUUUAAUUUCACAGUACAUACAUCAAUGCAACGCACAAACGCCUUCUGGAGAGAGCGCCUUCCAUGCCAUGAUGCAAGGCUUUGGAUGGGCAAAAAAUCCAAUGAUAAAAAGAAUCGACCAGAUAGAUUCGUCAGUACCUAUAACGUUUAUUUACGGCAGCAGAUCUUGGAUCGACAACACGUCCGGAGAGGCCAUUAAACAAAUCAGAUCUAAUUCUUACGUUAAUAUACAGGUGAUCAAUGGUGCGGGACACCAUGUUUAUCUGGACAAAAGUGAUAUAUUCAAUAGGUACGUUCAAGACGCCUGUCUCCUGAGCGACAAGUACCCGAAGCUAGCGAACGGCGACGAAGUAAAAUUAGCCACGGAAAUUGCCCAAAGUAACGAGAGCGAGCCAGCGGAAUCGGUCGUUGAAGCAAACAAUAACAAGACUGCAUCGACUUAGCCCCGUUAGCGUCUCUAAAAUAUUAUACAUAGCAGCGAUGUCGAUCGAUACUUGUCGAAGAUAUAUUGUACAAUUGUUAUAUAUUUUUAUAAGUGUGACUACCGUCAAUUAUUAAUUCGCACCCGAUUGAAAUUUUGUUAUUCACGAAGAAAAAAAAUGUAUAUUGUAUGCUUGUACAUAUUAGCUGAAGCGUCGAAGAAAAUGUGUCGUCAAAUAAAUGCACGCACUCGGCUUAAUACAAUAGACACACGAUCAUUGGCUUCAUAAUACGAGAGUGGCGUGGCUGAUAAAAAUCGGCAAAAUAUUCAUAUUUGUGAUUGUAA